AUGAUGCUGACACUGCGGACACGUUCACACCCCGGAGGAAUGAUGCCGCUGUGUAGCCUGGACGAGGCUCUGGAAGACCUGUCUUCCGGCAAAUUCGUGAUCGUGGUAGAUGAUGAGGGACGCGAGAACGAAGGAGACCUCUUCUAUUUCGCCGAUCGGAUGACCCCAGAGGCAAUCACGUUCAUGGUUACCCAUGCUCGCGGUUUGGUGUGUGUGGCGAUGCAGGGCGACCGCCUUGACGAGCUCCAGAUACCCAACCUGCGCAGCCGCAACUCCAACUCGACCCAGCCCACCGCGUUUACCAGGUCGGUUGAUUACAAACCGGGUACCACCACAGGGAUUUCGGCUCACGACCGCAGCGCCACCAUCCGCGCGCUGGUCGACGCCAAGUCCCAACCGACUGAUUUCAUCCAACCCGGGCAUAUGUUCCCCCUAAGGGCCCACCCUGGCGGGGUGCUUAUUAGGCAAGGUCACACCGAAGCCGUCGUCGAUAUGGCCAGUCUGGCGGGAGCCUAUCCGGCCGGUGUCGUGUGCGAGAUUAUGAACGAAGACGGCACGAUGUCGCGGUUGCCGGAUCUGGAAAUAUUCGCGGCGAAACACGACAUCAAAAUCUUCAGCAUCGCCCAACUCAUUGCACACCGUUGCAACACCGAAACCUUGAUCACGCGGGUCGCGGAAGCGAAUCUGCCCACCAAGUACGGGGCGGCGCGCAUCAUCGGCUACCGCAGCGCCAUCGACACUGGUGAACACGCCGCCCUGGUAGUUGGCGAGUGGCAGGCUGGUGAUGAGGUUCUGGUUCGCGUCCACAGUGAAUGUUUGACCGGAGACGCCUUUGGCAGCCUGAAAUGCGACUGCGGCGAGCAGCUCGACAUGGCGAUCCGGAUGAUUUUCGAGAAUGGAGCCGGAGCAUUGGUGUACCUGCGACAAGAGGGGCGGGGCAUCGGCCUGCACAACAAAAUCAAAGCCUACGCGUUGCAAGAUGACGGCCUGGAUACUAUCGAAGCGAACGUGGCGUUGGGUUUCCAGCCCGACGAGCGCAAGUACGACCUGGCGGUGCAGAUUAUGCGCGACCUCGAAAUCUCAAGGGCCCGGCUGGUUACCAAAUAA